UGAGGGAUUCAUACUUUCGAAUCCCAGUGAGAAAACACCUUCGCCAUAAUGUUCAACUCGUUGGUUCUGUGCAGUGUUCUGCUAGUUGGAGCCGUUCUAGGCGGCGAAAGCGACCUCCUACCUCGACCGCACUACGGAACCGACUUCGGAUCGAUACUGCCAAGAGGAAGCCGCAUCGUGGGAGGUUUCGAGAUCAGCAUCGCCGACGCUCCCCAUCAGGUUUCCCUCCAAUCCCGCGGAUCCCACAUCUGCGGUGGAUCCAUCAUCUCGCCCAAGUGGAUCCUUACGGCCGCCCACUGCACCGACGGAGCUUCCGUGUCGAACCUCCGCAUCCGGGCGGGAUCCUCCAAGCACGCCUCCGGUGGCUCGGUCAUCUCCAUCAACCGGAUCGUGCAGCACUCGUCGUACAACCGCAACACGAUCGACUACGACUACUCGCUGCUGGAGCUGAAGAGUGCCAUCUCGGUGGGAGCCAACGCAGCGGUUAUUCCGUUGCCAGCGCAGAACGAAACGGUCCAGGACGGAACGCUGUGUGAGGUGACCGGAUGGGGUAACACGCAGAGCGUCAGCGAGUCACGGGCGAAUCUGCGGGCCGCGUACGUUCCGGCGUACAACCAGAACCAGUGUAACUCUGCGUAUUCUCGGUAUGGAGGGGUAACCGGUCGGAUGAUCUGCGCUGGAUAUCAAGCUGGAGGUAAGGACGCCUGCCAGGGUGAUUCCGGAGGUCCGUUGGUUGCCAAUGGGAAGCUCGUUGGAGUCGUUUCGUGGGGAUUGGGAUGUGCUCAGGCCAACUAUCCUGGUGUGUACUCGAGGGUGGCUGCGGCACGUGACUGGAUUCGCAGCAAUAGUGGAGUUUAAGGAAUACCCGGAAAAUUAUGACAUUCUGAUAACACAUGUA